AUGUCUCGCAUAUCGGUCAACAUAAAAACUAUGGUGUCGAAAGAAACAUCAACAGUUCCAGAGAAACAGGAGGAGACAAAGGAUAGUGAAGAAUCGCUGCUGAAUGUAGCUUUACGGCUAUCAUCUAAUGGAUUAAGGCUGGGAAGCCUCCUUCGCACUUGGACUGAAGUUUCUAGAAUCAAUUAUAUGUCAUCACAGCCUUUGGAUGUCAUCACAUCGAGUGCACACGUCGAAGGAGAUAAUAUAAGACGCCGCACCAUUGGUAUUCCAAUGAAUGUAUACUCGAUACAUUCAUUCGUCCCCAAGGAACUUCGAAACAAAAGUGAAGAGGACCUAUUCGCUGAGCAAUUCCCCGUAAACGUAACCCCUUUGAUGAACGAAGAUCAGUUAUGGGGUUGCUUCUAUAUAGUGCCGGAGAUUUACGCAGAUAUGUAUUCACCUACUAUUAGAAUCCGAAAAAUUGAGGAUGUUCCAGAACUUACAGGAGGGAUUUUGAGUAGAGACAUGGUCACCGCAUGCUUAUCCUAUCUCAAGCGUACACCUAUUCUGGGCGACUUUGUUUACAUCAAACUUGAUCUCUCGUCAAAGCACCUUAUUAAUAUUGACGUUUUACAACACUACAAGUACAUAGUUUACCUGGACAUCUCAUCUAAUCUGUUGACUGAACUAAGCGUCCUCAAAUAUCUGCUGUAUCUUCAAUAUCUCUCGGUGGCGUUCAACAGACUCAACACAGUCUUGGAAUAUGAUACACCACAAUGGUUUUUAACCGAAGUCCACUACAAGUUCAAUUCGGUGAAAAAAAUAAGAGAUAUUAGCAUGUUUUGGUCAAUCACGAUAUUAGAUUUGUCCCACAACAAUAUCAAAAACAUUAGCGGAUUAGGAAACUUGAGGUACCUUCGCCGUUUGGACUUGUCAUUCAAUCAUAUUCAGCGCCUUGAAAACUUGAACCACUUGCGAUUACUCUGGCUCGAUGUAUCCUAUAAUAACAUAUCGAGUUUCGAAAUAAGUGCCACCACCGGUUUAUGGACACUCCUGUACCUUGAAUAUUUGAACCUCAACGAAAACAAUCUUACAUCAAUGAAAAUAUUUUCCGGUUGUACCAGACUCCGAGAACUUCACGCUCGCAAUAAUCGGUUGAGUAUGCUCCUCGAGUUGGCGGUUUAUAUGCGUCAAAUGCGCAGACUGAUUGUUAUUGACCUGCGAGCAAACCCCGUAUGCUCCAUCCCUGGGUAUAAGGAGGUCGUUAUUAACACAUUCCCUCUACUGCUCAGUUUAGAUGCUCAAGAAUUGGAUCCCAUAGAACAGGAACGACUCGACAGGGGUUCAAAAGUAAAAUGUAGAUCAAUGGGCGCAAGAGGUUGCUUCGGGUACGUAGCUACCGACUGA